GCCAGCCGCACAUCAAAGAUGCAGAGCCUUAUAACAAAAAUCGCCACUGAGAAGCUGAGCACCUACGCUGCGGUCAUAUCUAUCUUCACCUACACUAUUUUGCUCAACAGGGAUUUAGCCUGCACCUGCGAACCACAAGCCUCGAACUGCAACCUGUACAUGCUUCUGCCACCCGUUAUCAUUCUUUUAUUAAUACUUUUGUUGGACAGCUCGUUCCAAAGCGUCUGUAGAUACUAUUCCUCACAUUGUAGAUGCCCCUGCGGUCUUUGCUGUUUUUAUGCCCAUCAUUUUUUAAGGGCAUUUUUAGUCGGCUUGCUGUGGGUUGCUUUUUUGUUCCUCGAUGGAGACUGGUAUGUUUGCUGUCAGAAUGACGGCUCUGAACAACAGGCAACGUUAGCCUGCAAAGCUGAGAAGGAUAUCAAAGUCAACGAGAAAGUUCUUAAAUCUGAACUGAAGAACACAUCCCGGUUUAUCGGUGGCUGGAUUCUAUUGGGAAUUGUUUGCGUGGCUUUCGUCUUGCCAUUCUGUGUAAGAUUGAAAGGCUGUGGGAAAGAAAAACGUUGUUCCAACAAAACAUUUCUGUAUGAAAAACAGAUUAUAAUAGAAGAGGGCAAUGUGCUGGAAAAGCUUCUGAGUAAUUCAGCAAAAGAGAAGUUGACUGAAGGAAUUAAGAAAAACAUCUGUGAUAAAGAUUGGGAAGGGUGUUUCGGUGCUGCUGGAAAGCUGCUUGAUCCACCAAAGCAAGAGGGAGGAGAAACAGAGCGCCAGGCUCAAAACCCAAGGGGACCGAGCCUUCACAGCAGCUGGCCCUAGGCUCUGGAACCGUCUGCUCCUACAUGUGAGGUCGGCCCAGACACUAGGGCUUUUUAAAUCCUCACUGAAGACACACUUCUUCUCUCUGGCCUUCUAGUCAGAGCGGAGUACGACAUCUGACAUUUCCCUGUGUUUUGUUUUUAUAUUUCUGUUGUAAAUUAUUGUCUUUUCUUUUAAUUGUAGUUAAGUGUUUUUAUUACAGUACAUGUAGGCCUACAGCACUUUGGCUUGACCAAAAAUAGUUUUUAAAUGUGCUCUAUAAAUAAAACUUAAUUUGAUUAGAAUGUCCUUUUCAUGUUAAAAAUCAUCAUCACUUUUAUUUAAAUAAAUGUAAAGCUCUGUGCUCAAUGUGACAGGCGUUGGUGCCAGACAGGCUGUUUGUUUUUUUCACCUCCUGCUCUAUUUUCUCUUAGAUUAGGGGUACAGUCCAUAUGUCCUUGCUCCCUGUAUGUACAGGCUGAUUGAGGAGGCACACCCUGAAGAGAUCUGUCUCUCCAUGGAUCAUGAUCUGAUGAUGACUGCAGAGCUGAAGUGUACCUUGUUUAUAAUGUCAACUGCAAAAUGUGUUAUGUGAGGUUUAGGACUUUAGGUGGUACAUCUCUUCAUCACGUAGUUCAGCUUUAUUGGUCUUUGCCAAUUGACUUUAUUUGUCAAUAUGACAACAUUUGUUUAGCUUUUACUUAGAGAUAAUGUAUAUUAAGGAAUUAAGAAUGUUUUACAAAAACUUGCUUGAUAAUGAUC